AUGGCUUCUCGAGUUGGUAUAGAGCCGUACAUGUUCGAGCCCGAGUAUAAUGAAGAAGAAUUACAGAUAGUACGCAUAAUGGUGGAAGAAGAACAUCGACGAGAACACGGCGAUGGAUCUCGACUUACUGAAUUAUCAUGCUGGUGCUCCUGCUCCAAUUGCAGUAUUCAAGAAACUGCAAAAGAGUGCAUUUGUUGCAAGGAGUGCAGCAAGACACUUGAAAUGAUAUGUUCUGCCAAAGAAUGUGAUUGCAUCACAGUACAUCCUGGAUUCAGUGCUGUAUGUUUGAAUAAAUGGAGUUUAGAUGUUGCCUGGAAUACUUACAAACAAUUUUAUUCCACUGUUCAAAGUUCUUUUAUGGAAAAUGCAAAGUAUCGCCAUAUCGCUUACAGACAAUAUGUGCGUUGGAUUCAUGGUCGUAUCGGUCGUGAAAACCGAAUGAUUUUACCAUCAUGUGUUGUCACCACUAUAAGGAAAUAUUUUCCGCCUACAACAGAAAAUGUAAAAGGAUUUUUACAAACUUCUAAUCCCUGA